CAAACCUGAAAGUCUGAAACCAGUAAGCACGAUAACAAAAACAUCUAAUUAAUUAAAGCUAAAUUUGCAUUAAACUAAACUGGCUCUGCAUCUGGUUUCCCCUGUUUUUCCUUCCUCCAAAUAGUCCAAAGUCACCUGCAAUCAUCACAUUUCACUUUAAACAUUGCAAAUUCACCUCUCUCCCAAACAAACCCUUUGCAUCUCUCUCAUUUCUGAGCUGAAAAACAAUGCUAAUAAUGUAAAAAAAACAAAAACAAGCUUUUUGAAGCUUCAUCAAUGGCGGCCAACAACAUUAAAAACCCAGAAGAAAUUGCAAUUCCCAUCUCCCCUCUAACAAAUGAGCAAUUUCCUGAAAAGGGUUUGCAGCACAAUGAAUUUGAAGCAAAAUCUGCAAAUUAUUCCUCCCAAUCUCCAGAACUUUCCACUUUCCCAAGCCCUUUUAGCCCAAGCCCCAGAAAAACCCCCUUAAGAAGAAGAAAUACUUUUAAGAAAGAACCCAGCAGAUUUGGGGGACCCUCAGUUCCAAUUGACUCACAAACCUUGCAAAAUUUGGGGGCCACACCUCGAUUUUCCAACCAAUCUCCCUUCUCAGUAGGAGGUUCUGGAAGGUCAAAAGUAAAGGAGAAAGAGAAGGAGAUGGGCCCAGAUGAGAAGGAUAUCUAUAAGAGGGUUACUGCUCAGCUAAGUGCUAAAAGAAGUUGGAGGAUGACUGUAAAAUUGGUACUUGAGUUGCUUGUUUUCUUGUUGAUUUUGGCUUGUUUGCUUUCUAGUUUAAUGGUUGACAAAUUUAAGGGUAAAUACUUUUCUGGGUUAGCGGUUUGGAAAUGGUUUACGCUUUUAAUGGUUAUAUUUUCUGGAAUAUUGAUAACUAGAUGGUUUGUGAAUUGCAUUGUAUUCUUGAUUGAGUGGAAGUAUCUUUUGAAGAAGAAUGUGGUGUAUUUUACUCAUGGUUUGCAGACCAAUGUUGUCAUGUUCAUUUGGAUUGGUGUGAUUCUUGUCACUUGGGUUGUGUUGUUUAAGCAUAAUUCCGAUGGCGCCCCAAAAAGGUCCGAAAGAACGAAGAACAUACUUGAUUUCAUUACUUGGAGCAUAGUUUCUUUGUUCAUUGGGUCAUUUUUGUGGUUGGUUAAGUCUACCUUGAUAAAGGUAUUAGCAUCAUCGUUUCAUUUGAAUAGGUUUUUUGAAAGGAUUCAGGAGGCUGUGUUUAGUCAUUAUGUGCUCCAAACACUCUCGGGUCGACCCGUGGUUGAGUUAGCCCGUAAACUAAGUAGGGAAGACAGUCAUGAUUCUAUGGUUAGCUUUACGGAUCACACGGGGACUCAAACGAAGAGUAAGGUGGUUGAUUGGGACAAACUUCACAAAAUGAAGAAGGAAAAAGUGCCUUCUUGGACUAUGCAGUUGUUGGUUGAUGUGGUUUCAAAUUCAGGUUUAUCAACAAUGUCUAGUAUCCUCAAUCAAGAUGUAGUUGAAGGAGGGGUUGAAUUAGAUGACGAUGAAAUCACAUGUGAGGAAGAGGCUAUAACAACUGCUGUUCGGAUAUUCUACAAUGUUCUCGGUAGAGAUCAGAAUGAACCUGGUGAUUUGAAUGAAAUCCAUAAACUCUUCAUUGAUGGAAAUGACCUACACAGGUUCAUGAUUCGAGAAGAGGUGGAACUUGUUCUUCCAUUAUUUGAAGUGAAUGAAAAAAAACAGAUUGAUUGGAAAUCUUUUUCUAAGUGGGUGGUAAAUGUCUUCAAAGAUCGACAAGCACUGAAACACGCUUUGAAUGACAACAAGACUGCUGUAGAUGACCUAAACAAGCUAUUGAACGGACUCCUGAUUAUUAUAACGUUAAUACUGUGGCUUGUCUCCACAGAGGUUCUUAAAACAAAAAUGCUUGUGUUCUUUACUUCACAGCUUCUGGUGGCAGUUUUUGUAUUCGGGAACAGCUGCAAGACUCUCUUUGAAGCAAUUAUAUUUGUUUUUGUGAUGCAUCCAUUCGAUGUUGGUGAUCGUUGUGUUAUUGAGGGAACAUUGAUGGUGGUUGAAGAGAUGAAUAUAUUAACAACAGUAUUCUUGAAGUUGGACAAGGAAAAGGUAUAUUACCCAAAUGCAGUCUUGGCUACUAAAUCUAUCGGUAACUAUUACAGGAGUCCAGAUCAGACGGAUACUAUGGAUUUUUCAAUAGACUACAGAACACCACUGCCAAAGAUUGCAGAGCUGAAAGAACGAAUAAAACUGUAUGUGGAUCAAACGCCCCAUUUAUGGCACCAAGAGCACGUAUUGGCAAUUAAGGAAAUCGAGAAUAUAAAUAAGAUAAAAAUGACUCUGAUUUUCACUCAUACAAUGAAUUUCCAGGACAUUCCUGAGAAAAUAAGACGGAAAUCUGAAUUUGUGUUGCAAAUGAAGAGCAUAUUUGAUGACCUCAAUAUCUCUUACCAACUACUGCCUCAGGAGGUUCAUCUUACUAAAAUGGCCCAGAAUCAACUUGUUUGAUAGCCCAAGAGGUCAUUUGGCUAAGUAAGUCACCUCUCCAUUCUGGUUACUCAGAUUUUUUUUUGUGCAAAAACUUCAUUUUUUUUUUCUUUUUUGUCCAUUUUUUCUUCAUUUUGUAUACGAAGUAUUUUUUUGGAUGUGCCUGUGCAGUGGUGUGUUAAACUCAAAACUGAUCUACAAAAUCAGAUGUAAAUUUUUGUUGUAAUAUAUUUUUCUGCUUUAA